AUGUCCGCAUCGCGCGCGACGACGACGACGACGACGACGACGCGCGCGCUCUGCCCCCGCGCGCGCGUCCUCGCGCGCGUCGUCUCCCGCGAUGCCUCGCGCGCGCGCGUCGUCGUCGUCGUCGCGGCGACGCGCUCGGACGACGCGUCGAGUUCGAAAACCGACGGCGUCGUCGUCGGCGCCGCGCGAUGGCGCGCGCUUCCGCCGCGCCGAGCGCGCGCGCGCGCGCGCGUCGUCGCGUCGUCGUCGUCGUCGUCGUCGUCGUCGCGCGCGGCGGCCUCUUCGCCGCCGCCGUUCCGCUGGACGCACGGAUGGGCCGCGCUGGAGCCGGACGCGGACGCGACCGAGACAGAUCUCGCGCGCGCGUCGUCGUCGUCGUCGUCCUCGUCCUCCUCCUCCUCCUCGCCCUCCGCCUCCCCGACCGGCGGCGUCCCGACGCUCGCGCUCGCGCUCGCGUCCGCGCUCGUCGUCGCGCUCGUGCACGCCGCGUUCGGCGCCGGAUACGCGCUCGCGGCGGCGUCGGCCGCGUCUCCCGCGUCUCCGCCGGCCGUCGUCGCGCAAGUCGCGGGCGCGUCCUACGCGCUCUACGGCGGCUCCGCCGCGAGCGCGCUGACGUCCGCGGUCGGCGCCUUCGCGUCGUACUGGUCCACCGCGAUCGCGUCCGCGGUGAGCGGCGGCGUCGGGUACGUCGUCGCGCGCGCGAACGCGGUGCGCGAGAUGAGAGCGCUGCGCGAGGAGUUGAGAGACGCGGUCGCGGCGGCGGCGGCGGCGCCGGCGACCGUCGCGACCGUCGCGACCGUCGCGACCGUCGCGUCGUCGUCGUCGACCGCGGAGGAGGAGGACACGGACUGGGCCGCGGUCGCGAAGUCGAGGGCGUUGUGGUCGCCCGAGGAGGCGACGGUUCGCGUCCCCGCGGCGGCGGCGGCGGCGGUUCGCGUCCCCGCGGCGGCGGAGGAGCGCGAAGACGCCGAGCGCGUCGCCGCCGCCGCGGAGCUCGCGGCGUUGCGCGCGGAGCUCGCGGCCGUGCGCGCGAUGAGCGACGGCGCGGCGACGGACGCGGCGACGGACGCGGCGAAGGCGGCGCGCGUGGCGACGGAGGCGGAGCUUCGCGCGGCGCGCGCGGCGCUCGCGGCGACGCGCGCGGAGGCGCCGACGCCGACGCCGACGCGUUUGCCGCCGAGUCGGACGCGCGCGGAGGACUGGUCCGCGCGCGCCAAGUCGCGCGCGCUGUGGUCGCCGGAGAUGGACGACGCCGAGGUCGGCGGCGGCGGCGGCGGCGGCGCGGACGACGCCGCGCUGCGGGCGUGA